AUGGAGGACACUCGGGAGUUGACCGCGAUCGUGACACAUGCCGGCAAGAACCACCAAGAGUACAUCGACAUGUGCAUCAUGCUUGGCAGGGCCUUGACGAAGUACGCGCCGGACGUCCCCAAGGUGGCCAUGAUUAUCGCGGGCAUGAGGCUGGACUACCAGGUUCUUCUCCGCCAGGCCGGCUGGAGAGUGCUCAAGGUCGAAGACGUGGACCCGUGCGGCGAGGGCAUCCAGCAUUGUGACGCGCGUUUCACGUACCGCUGGAAGGACAGUUUCGAGAAGCUGAACAUAUUCCGCCUGCCCUUCGCGCGCGUCCUCUUCUUGGACGCCGAUACGUACGUGUUCAACGAUGGGAUCAAUUUCCUGUUGAAUUCCACGCUCGUCCCCGAUGGGCACGUCGCGAUGGCCCCCGACGGGUGUAAAACCAACCUCAAGACUGGUGGCACCGAGUACAACAGUGGCGUGAUGCUCUUCAAGCCCAGCCUGGAGACCUUCCAGUCCAUGCUCGAGAUGAUCUCUGUCCGCAGCGGCGAUGAGAUGCUCGACCAGAACAUCAUCAACGAUGUAUUCGACGGCAAAGUCGUCGAGCUCGACAAGAAGUUUGAUUGCAUCGAUCCCGUGGGGGUGCCGCCUGGCCUCAGGAGGCCCUGCAAAACUGAGCGCAUCUGCCAGAAGAAGGAGGUCGUGAUCUCGCAUUUCACCGGCAUGUUCAAGCCCACAAAGGCGAACCCCUUCUACCUCCGGCUGGUACAGCAGCCUGCUAGUUUCAAGGCCACGUGUGAGAACACCAACCACGGAGGGUGCCAGAAGUGGGCCGAGUACUAUUGUUCCAUGCACCAGCAGCGCAAGCACCUCACCCCCGAGCUGCAGGAGGCACUGGAGACGGUGGGGGGCUGCUGCCUUGGCCACCACGCCAGCAACCCAGAGUGCACGCACUCCACUUCCUUCAACGAGUCGACCGACAGCUGCCCCAGGGUGGUCGACUUUAGCACCAAGGACGCAGAACUUCCGUGGAUGUCCGAAUACUACAUCAGCAACAUGGUUCCCACUGCCUUCCACGACCACAGGCCGAUCUACCAGUCCACGGACAAGGAAGUAGACCAGUACAUCUACUACAUUGCGUCGAAGAGAAACUGGAUGAUCGGCCCCAACCCCACGGUGGACCUGGCCAUGACGUACGCCCACGCUGACGCUUUGUGCCCGCACGACGCUAACAACUGGAAGCUCCUGAACAAUGACAAGAUCUGGCAGUCGCGCCCGGGCAUCGACAUUGUGCCGACCGAGGCCGCUUGUCCUUGGAAGCUGGAUGUGAAGGCGGGCAGCGACUUGCCGGCGUCGAUUGCCGACACGUCUUGGACGGGCACGUACAUCCUGACUGCCAUUGCCCCCCAGCCCAUGCAUGGCGGCAAGAGCAUCUAA